AGAUGGAUAAGAGGGCAAACGAAAAAAAAAACUGUUUCAGACAAAUCCAUCGACUCGGAGGUAGCAGACAAGAUCUCGGAUGGAAGUCUAGGCACCUCAGACAAAUUAUCAUCUCCAGGGCCGGAAAAUGAAAGCAGCUCUCCGCAAUUGUCAGCAGAGACGAUGAGGAGCCUGAAUGAGGAGAUUUCUCGGACUCUGGACUUAACAGGCACUAUAACUGGAACUAGAACUGGGACGACAACCAGUGGGACAGCAACAACAACAACAACAUCGACCACGACGACACAAGACGAGACGGGAGAUCUGUCGACACAUCCAAAGAAGGACGAAGUUGGAAAAACAGUUGCCGGUGAGUGCAGGAAUAUAUUGCCCGUAUUAGUUGAGCAUUUGCGCUCGGCACUCGAGCUGACAUCGGCCAGUACUAAGCGGAGUCUCGCGGACGAGCCACUGGCACCAGAUCCGCUCCAUAAUUCCCAGGAUUCAUCAGCAACACCAUUAUCAUCCAUGGAUUUCAAUUUAUUCGGAGAUCUCCUGGUCUCGGACAUAAAAACCGCCCUGGUGAGGCUCCAGGACACCUUAAAGCGCGUGGACGUCGACGCUCUGACCAGAUACAGUGCCACCCUGGAGUCCAACGACAAGUUACGGCUCCUGCAGUUGAUUUCCAACUUAGUUUCCAAUUUAAAACUCGCCAAAUUAUCUUCUGAUGAAGAACCAGUCGCUGUUCCUCCAGUUCCUCCAGUUCCUGCUGCGCCAGCGGUCAAAAAAAGGUUCAGGGGCAAGGACAGGCACACAAUUGGUGUCAGCAGUGAAGAACUAGCCCGAGCCAGGCGUUGGCUUGAAGAAAAAGGCACCGGAGUGAGCCUAACUUCUCAAAGACUCUCUCUUGCUCCGCAAUUUACAGAACCAGGCAAAGAAAAUGCAAAAGUCGAGAGAGAAAGCAGUGAAAAGAUGUGCGACAAGCACAUCAAGGACAAGAUUAAUCAGCAGCAGUUGCAAAACAGAAAGGACAAUGAUGUGCCAGCUUCUGAAAGUGACAUUGGUGAUAAGUUAGAAGAACCUGUUAAUUUUUUGAAUAUUAAUAACAAAGUUGCAAGUAAUAAGUUCACCGCUAAGAAGUUCAAGAUUAAACGUGCUAAUACUAUUGAUAUUCCUAAUUACUUGAAGCUUCAGGCGGAAAAAUCGCAAUCUUCCAGUCCGGGAUUGAGAAGGCCAAUUGAUAUUGGGGAUAGGCUCUCUUGGAACCAAGGAAGUGUUUUGAUUCCUUCUUUUGAACCUAAAACGGAAAACGAUCGCAAGUUUUUGGCUCUUAUUAAUCGUAAUAAUAAUGAUAACAAUAUUAAUAACAAUUUUUAUAGUAAUAAUGUUAAUACUUACAAUUACAGUAAUGGUAAUAGUUUUAAUCAACCGUUCAAGAGUUUUAAUUACCGGCAAACAAGUUCGAUUGCUGAUAAAAACUGGAAAAGUAGGUUUUCAAAUAUAAAAACCGCGUUUGACAAGCCUUCACCACCAGCUUCUGUUGACGGUUCUUCAAGAAGAAGUUCUAUAUCUCGAGAAGAAAGCAAACAUGUUAUAGUUGGUUCAUUGAGACUCAAACCAGAGCCAUCUGCCCAAAAGAACAAUUUUGGAACUAAGAAUGGAACAUUUACUCACGCAGCGACAUCUCCGUUCCAGAAGAUUAAUAAUAAGAGUAUUAAUUGUAAUAAUAGUUGUAAUAAUGAUGAAAAACCUACGCCGUCUUAUUAUUUGCCGGCUUGUGCUUCUAAUGGAAUGCUUCGAGCCAAAUUGAAGAUGUUUGAUCAGCAAGAUACGCUGGGUGAUCCGUUACCGAGGGUCAAAUCUAAAGCAAAUACCAAAGUAAAUGUGAAACCAGAAAAAAUAAUCAAAGACACUGCUUUGAAUCAUUGCCAAAAUCAAAUACGUAACAAUGGAUUUCGUAAUUCGUCUUACGAUAACGUUAAGAGACACUCUGGCGUUUACGAUUCUAAUGGCAAUAUCACUAAUCAUUUGAUUAAUAUUAAUAACAAUGUGAUUAAUGAUGAUAAAAAGGUACAGGGUCAAGAUAUCCAAAAGCAGAGUGUUGCAGUGCAAACAAAUUAUCCAAUCGAAUUGAAUGAUGUCGAAAAUGAAUCAUUGAUACGAAGUUGUCCCCGGCAGCUACACAAUCCUAAGUACCAAUCUGUGCCAAGAACGUUUUACGAGAAUGAAAAUCCUAUAUAUGUACCGCCUAAACCAGUGCCAACUUCGCGAGAUAUUGAUUUUUUGGUUGAUGCCAAUUACAGCAAUCGGUUUAUUGAUGAUGAAUCCGAGAAUUCGUUCUUGGACGACGAAAAUAUCGCUAAUCAGGAUAUUUCUGAUGAUAGGAUUGUUACGCGUUAUACAAGCGCUAUUGCUACUGUGGAAAAUUCUCCAAUAUCACCGGCUUCAGUGUCGCCAUCUGGUUUUCAAGAAGGUUCUGGGCAACCGGUUUUAAGUGAUGAUGUUCAGAGGCAUAAUUUACUUCAGCAAAGCUUGAUUAGAAGGCUGCAAUAUGAACCAGAUUCUUUGAUUAAACCUAUUCAAGCUCCGCAGGUUCAGUUGCAACCUCAACCUCUAAUUCAGUUCCAACCCAAACCUCAACCUCAGUUCCAACCUCAACCUCAAAAUCAGUUCCAACCUCAAACUCAAUUCCAACCACAAAUUCCGGUUCAAUUUCAACCAAAACUUCAAAAUCAGCUCCUAAACCAAAACCCAAGGUACUCUUUAAUAAAUUACACCGAAAAUACAUCCCCAAUAAAUGAAGAACCUACCCAAAAUGGACGUGAAUCAAUAGAACCACUAAUAGAAAGCCGCAACACCCUGGAAAAAAUCAACAUCUUCGAAGAAAAAUCAACCCGGCGACCAGAACCUCUAGUGAUUCGCCCCAUCUACGUUCCACCGAAGAUAAACAUCAUGAGUCCAUCAAAAACAACGCCUCAAAGCCCAAAACUAACCAUUAAUCCUUACGUACCAUCUCUACCAGUAAAAUAUUCGACCCCCGUGGACUCCAGCGAUGAAUAUCUAGUAAAUUGCGCGACUCGCCCGCACAGAUCGAUUGUCCUCUCUAAAUCCGAGUCCUGGCACCAGCUGGCACUGUCCAAGAACCACCUCCAGGUGCCGCCACCUGCUGUUCCGACCCACAAGCCACCUCGCGUCAGUUCCAAGAACUUCCACGGGGAGUCUGCUGAUCGGAACAUGAAGAAGAUGGAAGAAAAGGUCCAGCGGUACUUCUACAAGUCUGAGGGCCAAAAAAGAGAGUCAAGCUCUUCGGGAAGUGGCAAGCGGAGAUCCUUCUCGCCGAGAAAAAAUAACCUAACUUUGGCACGGAGUCAUACCAUGCCGCAUAUUUAUGACGAUGCAACUGAUGUCGACAAGGCAUUCGACAGUCUCUUUGAAGAAACGACGCGCGAUAAUCGCCAUUGA